AAGCUGAGUGCUGAUCAUGAGAGACUUUUCUUCGAAGGUUUUAAAAGCCGAGGACUUUGGCGGUAUGAACGACAAAGACAAUCUAGAUCGAAUAUCCUUCGGCAAUCCUUCGCCCAUACAAUUCCAUCAUUGUUACCGACAUGCCUCCAGAAAGCUUCAAAGUUGAGGGCGCAUUUGACCCGAAACCAUCCACUGCGAGAACAAAGACUUGGUCAUCACGAGUAACUGGAGGUCUACCAGAUUUUGGAUUCUAUAGAACGUCGACUGUUGAUACCCUGACUGAAUAUAACGAAGGAAAGCAGUUUGCAGAGAAUUCAAUUGCCCUCACAGACGACGAAAGACAGAAACAAGAUGCGUUGAUACGCUCCCUCGUGGCCGGCGCAAGCAUCAAAGGUGUUCUCGCAACUGCUUCCUGCUGGUACGGUGCAUAUCUCCACUCGAAGAUAAAGCAACACUGGAUCUUGCUAUCGAGAGUUUUAACAGGACUGAAAGACGAUUCCAUAGGAUUGGAAAAAGGCAACUUGGGUGUGGUAUACCACUUUCUACACGAGAUCGCCAAGCUAUUGAUGUCCACGGAAGAGCUCGCUUUGGUGGCCAUUGUAGAUGAGUUGGACAAUGCGAACCUUCUAAAACCACAGCUCGACGAAGAGCGCGCACUUCCCAAUCAGGCAGUAUGGGUAGCAGUAGGAUGGCUGACGAUGCUGUACGAAGCAGCCACCCAUCCAAAACCAGACAAGCUCGAGAUUACUCGAACGUCCACAAGCUUAUCGGGGUAUCGAAAUCAACUCUUCAGUCGCAAAUACUUCAAUUAUAAACAGGGGUUUGAUUACGUCGAUGUGCCCCUGUAUCGCCUGAUCAGCAAAUUCGGAGACUUGAUACCAGACGUUCCAACACCGCUGCCAUACCAUCGAGCAUCAGAGACAAUCAAGGUGUCAUCCGUAUGCUUCAGUACUAUACAGAACCUCGCAGAUCUCAAAGUGGAGUUUGUCACCUCACUCGCCCUACAUCUUGAAUUAGAUAGCAGCAGGAAGACACUAAAGAUAUUCCAAUUUCCCUCGUUCUGCCGGAUGAUGAUGGCAGGCGAAGGAGACAACACUCUCACCCGAAUUCUCAACAACAACGCUGCAAGAGGAACUCAAGACGUCACAGAGCCACAGGUCUCAUCGGAAGACUUCUUCAGAGAGAUCCUCCUCUCCUUCCGUCUUAUCUUUGGGCAGGACGAACGCUCCUGGAAAGCUUUCUCACGAGCAGUUCCUGCCUGGGAAGAGCGAGUAGAGCUCUCUACAAGUCCAUCAUGGGAAUCCAACUGGGAUUGCGAUCCCUUGCUCCACGUUCUCUGCGGUCGAAGUGCCGAGUCCUCUGAGGCUAGGAAGUUGUAUGAUGAGGUCGAUGCCAAUGAACCGACGAGUAACUACAUUCCGCAUGCAGAUUUCAAGUACUUUGGGAAGAGGUUGCUGGAUUUGCAGGAUUUCAUCGACCAGCAUCAGCCGAAGAAUGUGAGGGGACUGUUGAAUGAUAGACGCGAUGUGGCGGCUUGGUACACGCUUUGGAACAACCAGCUUUUGAUAUUAUUCGCUUCCAUUACGAUAUUCCUGAUGAUCGUCUCUCUGAUUUUCCAGAUUUACCAAACCUGGUUGACAAAGGAACAACUAAAUCAAGGCUCGUCUCCAUAAAGAAAUGUCGGAAAGUGGUACUGAAUGCUAGGAAAUUCUAUCUAGAUUGAAGAUACAUUGUAGGUCAGUGUCAUUCCGGAGUAUUUGGGUCUAAGUCAGUUGAAAAAGCAAAAGCUGGAGAGCGUAAAAAGUGUGGUUGCGGGGUACAGCCCUUUGACGAACCCAAUUUAAGUAGAAUGGGACAAUCUGCGAAGCUGGAUUAUAGAGUGGCUCAGGUCGUGGGGAAGCUUAUCAUGUCUAUACAAAAAUGAAGUCAUUUGUCAUAUGCUACAAGUUGUCUGGAG